CAGCGCUCUCUGGACGCAGCGGUCUGCAGCCCGCCGCCUUGGCUCAGUGCGCCCCGAGCAGCCCGAGCGCACAGUUACGAUGCGCUUCCACACCGGCCCGGUUGAGAGGCAGAAUCUGUACCGAGCUCCGAGCAGCAGACGCCCCGCCACCGACAGCAGCUCUGUCCGCCGGCCCGCAGCAGGAUGCCCGGGGGAAAGCGAGGGCUGGUGGCACCGCAGAACACUUUUUUAGAAAACAUCGUCCGACGUUCAAGUGAGACCAGCUUUCUCCUGGGAAAUGCCCAGAUUGUGGAGUGGCCUGUAGUCUACAGCAAUGAUGGAUUCUGCAAACUGUCGGGCUUCCACAGAGCUGAAGUCAUGCAAAAGAGCAGCACAUGCAGUUUUAUGUACGGAGAUCUUACGGACAAGAAGACCAUCGACAAAGUCAGGCAGACCUUUGACACCUACGAGUCCAACUGCUUUGAGGUCCUGCUGUACAGAAAAAACAGAAGUCCGGUGUGGUUCUACAUGCAAGUGGCUCCGAUCAGGAACGAGAACGACAAGGUGGUUUUGUUUCUCUGCACCUUUAAGGACAUAACUCUCUUCAAGCAGCCCAUUGAGGAUGAAACCACUAAAGGAUGGACCAAGUUUGCACGACUCACUCGAGCGCUCACCAACAAUCGAAACACGCUGCAACAGCUGGCACCAAUAGGCAAACACGAAGUUAGCCAUAAGCAGUCCAGACUGGCGGAGGUUUUGCAGCUGAACUCCGACAUUCUUCCACAAUACAAGCAGGAAGCGCCGAAGACGCCGCCCCACAUCAUCCUACACUAUUGCACCUUCAAGACCACCUGGGACUGGGUGAUCCUCAUCCUCACCUUUUACACAGCCAUCAUGGUGCCCUACAAUGUCUCUUUCAAGACCAAGCAGAACAACAUUGUUUGGCUGGUGCUGGAUAGCGUGGUGGACGUCAUCUUCCUGGUCGACAUCGUUCUUAACUUUCACACCACCUUUGUUGGUCCUGGAGGAGAGGUGAUAUCUGACCCCAAACUCAUCCGCAUGAACUACCUGAAGACCUGGUUCGUCAUCGACCUGCUGUCCUGCCUGCCCUACGAUAUCAUCAACGCCUUUGAGAAUGUGGAUGAGGGCAUCAGCAGCCUGUUCAGCUCAUUAAAGGUGGUCCGCCUGCUUCGUCUGGGCCGGGUGGCUAGGAAACUGGACCACUACCUGGAGUAUGGUGCAGCUGUUCUGGUCUUGUUGGUCUGCGUCUUUGGACUUGUGGCCCACUGGCUGGCCUGCAUCUGGUACAGCAUUGGAGAUUAUGAGGUGAUUGAUGAGGCCACCAACACCAUUAAAAUGGACAGCUGGCUGUACCAACUGGCCAUUAGCAUUGGAUCACCUUACAGAUACAACGCCAGUGGCUCGGGCCACUGGGAAGGCGGGCCUGGAAAGGACUCACUGUACAUCACAUCGUUGUAUUUCACCAUGACCAGCUUGACAACCAUCGGCUUUGGCAACAUUGCCCCUACCACGGAUGGAGAGAAGAUCUUCUCUGUGGCCAUGAUGAUGGUGGGAUCCCUUCUUUAUGCCACCAUCUUUGGAAACGUGACGACCAUCUUCCAGCAGAUGUACGCCAACACCAACCGCUACCAUGAGAUGCUCAACAACGUCAGGGACUUCCUGAAGCUGUACCAGGUUCCCAAAGGUCUGAGUGAAAGAGUCAUGGACUACAUUGUCUCCACCUGGUCCAUGUCUAAAGGCAUCGACACUGAAAAGGUCUUAUCCAUCUGUCCCAAGGACAUGAGAGCAGACAUCUGUGUACAUCUCAACAGGAAGGUGUUCAACGAACAUCCGGCAUUUCGUUUAGCCAGUGAUGGCUGCCUGCGCUCCCUGGCUGUGGAGUUUCAGACCAUCCACUGUGCUCCGGGAGACCUGAUCUACCAUUCUGGGGAGAGUGUUGACACCCUCUGCUUUGUUGUGUCUGGGUCACUGGAGGUCAUCCAGGAUGAUGAAGUUAUCGCCAUCUUAGGUAAAGGAGACGUGUUUGGAGACAUCUUUUGGAAAGAAACCACUCUGGCCCACGCAUGUGCCAACGUUCGAGCGCUUACGUACUGCGAUCUCCACGUCAUCAGGAGGGAUGCCUUGCUCAAAGUGUUGGAGUUUUACACUGCUUUUGCCAAUUCUUUCUCCCGCAACCUCAUCCUCACCUGCAAUCUGCGCAAGCGGAUCAUUUUCCGUAAAAUCAGUGAGGUGAAGAAAGAGGAAGAGGAGAGGCAGCGAGCAAAAAAUGAGGUGCAGAUCACCAUUCCUCAGGACCAUCCAGUCCGCAAGCUUUUCCAGAAGUUCAAGCAGCAGAAGGAGCUCCGCAGCCAGGGUGCUGCAGCUGCCUCACAGUUGGACCUGGAGAAGAACCAGCUGCAGAUGGAGCAGCAGCACAACCAGCAUCUCCAUCCACAAACCCUGCAGCUCAGCCACUCUAGUUUGCAGCACUCCCUGCCCCUCAGCCUUCAGCGACCCCAUGCAUCCAUGCAGAAUGGGACACCACCCAGCAGCAGUGUGCUGACUGUGUCCCAGAUCACACCCAUGCACAGUUCGCUGGCUUACACCCAUCCCAGUGAUCCUCCUGCAAAGCAGAACAACUGUGAUGUCAUGGAGCUGCAUCCCAGUUCUGCUGGAGGGGUAGGUGAGCCACCUGUCAGGCUAAAAGCCAGCACCAGUCCUGGGCUCGGGAAGCCAGCUGCCAAGGCCAGUGGAUGGAUGCGCCUGAAAAAUAACAUGGUUCCAGUGGAGGCCAGGAAGGAGGGGCUGAACAAUAAUGUUAAGGCUGUUUCCGUGGAGAUGCUCUCUCAGGAUGGUAAAGGCCAAGAUGUAGGAAGGAUUGGAGAUGUAGGUGAGGAAGGAGUUUCCAGUAACAACCCUCUUCGCAAAACAGACUCAUGUGACAGUGGCAUCACGAAGAGUGAACUGCGGAUUGACCGUGUGUGUGAGGCGCGGACCCCCGUGGCUGUAACGCCUCUCCUCCACAGCCCUCUCCCCGGAGGUGAGGGGUCCCCUCACUCUUUCUGCUCCAUGCCGGAGCAGGCGCUGCAAGCUGCAUUGCUCGAGACCCGACUAGAGCUCCGGGGGGCAAUCCAGACUCUGGGAGGCCGUCUGGGUACCUUGGAGAGUCAGGUGGCUGAAAUUAUUAAACUGCUGUCGGAUAAGAGGUGGUCGUCAACGGGGGCGCCGUCUGCUGCCACCACGCCAAAAACCAAAAUCCAUCGUCAAGACAUUUUCACAGUUUCCAGGCCUGUUUCCCCCGACACAGAGAAGGACAACAAGCUGUGAAGGAAGCCCAGCCAGUGGUGUGUAAAUGCAAUCACAGUGACCACCACAGAACGUGGUCAUGGCAUGGGGUCUUUUAGAUUCAGGCAGCCUGUUGGAUCCAGUUACACCACUGGUCUUCACUUAACUACACAGCAAAACAAGCCAGCGUCUUUAACAUUUGCACACUGAUGUAAUCCCAGAUCACACAAGGAUCUGACCCUCCUCAGAGAUCUGGACGGUGAUUGUUUGAUUGUAAAUACCUCUCAAUGCAUGUCCAGCUGGAUUCUGGCCUGCCAAAGAAACAACAAAAAAACUGCUCUUUGCCUGUAUUAUAUGCAGUCUACUGCAUGCAAAGUGAAUUUAAAGGCACAUUUUCUUGAACUAAACUGUACAUUUAACUAUUUUUAAUUGAUAAUUUAUUAUGUGAUAUCCAGGUUUUGCAUACUGGUAGCACUAUAGGCACUGAAUAUCAAAAUGAUUUACCAGCUAAGGGAAUGUGCAUGGUUUAUUUAUGAAUGGAGAAGUUGGUGCAGACUUGUUUUGUCUUACCCUUUGCCUUUUGCCCUUGCCUUGCCCUCCGUAACGUUUUCACCUACGAUGGAGCAGCAUUCCCCCCAAAAUGUCUUUUUUAUAUCAAUUAUACAUUUUGCUUGUUCAGAUUUAUAUUUUCAAUGAACAUGAGUGUCUUUGGGCUCAGUUUUGUCUGUUAAACCCUCAGAUUAUUAUUGUGUCUAUGCAUUCUUGGGUACGCCAAUUUUAUAUCUUUGCUUAAGGUAUGAAAAUCUUACAGGGGUUAUCGGUAUAUUUGUUUGUUUUAUCCCUCUGCAUGAUUCAGGGAUGAAAAGAUGCACAUUUGUUGGGACAAUAAGAAAGCUUCAGGGACACAACAGAGUUGGUUAGACAUAGACUUAGCCGACACCCCGUACUGAUGCCGUACGCAGCAGCUGGAGUCGUCUUUGAAUUACAUUAAUAACACUUUCAGCACAAAAAAAGAUGCUCAUGUAAAGGGCAGAAUGCUGUAUGCUUUCCAAUAUCACUUUUAGAAAUCUGCAUUAAGAGGGUUUUUCUUAAGCUUUGGGCUCGAAGGUGUGAGAAGUAAAAACACACUCAAGCAGGCUGUCUUUUGAUGUGAAGCUUGAAGGCUCAGGGAGACCUUUUCAUCACAAAACCCACUGGGAUUCUGUUAGAUCUUAAAGGGAUUUCUGGCCAUUUUGAAGAGUGUUUCUGUGUAAAAGUUAUAAAUAAUUACUGUAUUACCUCUUAGCUUCCUGGAUGGCUUUUGUCUGGAGAACUUCAGCUAGUCAGAACCUGCCAAGACUAAAGUAUACUGCUGCUGUCGAAAAACAGCUCCAAUGUCCUAAUUUGAUGCAGCAUUAUUGAACUCAAAAAAAAUUCACUCAUAUAGUAUGAAAUACAUUUAUUUAGGUGUUUACCAAUGGGGCUUGGGCAGCAUUACGGUAUACAGCCGGUGUUAAAAAUAGUUCCAGUACCGUCAUGAAAAAGAGAGACGGAGCAAGUUGGAGACAAGGAUAAAAAAAAUAAAAAAUAAUAAAAAAGACUAAUUAAAAUAAUUGAAUGUAUGAAACAGAUGCGUGGUUGAAUUUUCUGUUUUACUUGAAUAGUUUAAAAUGUUUUGUCCAAUUUUAGAGAUGUUCCACAAAAUGUUUGAUCGUAAUGUCUUCACGUGACAGCACGUCGAGAGAAAAAUGGCAGCUCGCGCACCAGCUGACCUGUCUGAACACAGCACACCUUCUGCAGCUCGGGAGAAGCAAACUUAAAAGAGAGCCGGUAAACACUAAUGAGGUCAUUUGUGCAGAGAAAAGAUGAAAGAUGCACGUCCCGACGGAAGAGCAGAGGAGCGAGCAGUAGCUGAAGUAGCAGACUUCUGUAUGGACCCUUCCCCAGAUGUCACGACUAGCCCCAAAGUAGCCGGUUGUCUGUCACAAGCUCAUCGAAGCGGGUUUUCAGCAGUCGGAGGUUGAAGCUGAUAAAGGUACACGUUGUUUUUUCAGGCGAGAAAAACCUUUUAUAAGCUGAGGUUUUUAAAAGUUGUUAAUUUUAUCUGUGUUAUGUUAUUUUUGUUUUAGUAAUAGUGUUUGUUAUUCAAUGUCUGAAUGGUGAAAGUCCAGACCAACAGUUUGGUAAUUCCGCUUGAGACUUACGUCAUCAUUUUUAAAUUAGUCGUGGUAAUACCGUACACCUUGGUGCAAUGUGGAGGAAGCUAGACGGUAUUAACAUUUGGAUACCGCCCAAGCCAUUUACCACUUAUCAUCACCAAACUUUAUUUAUGUAGAACUUGUAACGAUUAAAAUGAUACCAAAGUGAUGGACAAUGUACAGCUCAUAAACAAUUUCAAAUGCAGCAAACAGCAGAUAUUGUUUAUUAUAAAAGACCAACUAGCAUUCAAUUCAGUUUAUUUACAUAGUGCCAAGUAACAACAAGAGGCGUCUCAAAGCACUUCGCUAAGUAAACAUUCUAUUGCAUUGCAGCAGCACGAUUAAACAGCUAAACAAAACUGCAAAACGGAAAGCAACAGCUGAGUAGCCUGGCUUAGUGCGCAGACGCGAUAAAAGUACGUUUAUAAAAAUGGGUUUUAAUCCUUCUUUUGAAGCCUUGACUGUAGGGACCAAUCUUACUGGCAGACACAGAGCAUUCCAGAAUCUCGGAUCAACAACAAAUGUCCGGUCCCCUCAAGUAAGGCCGAGGAAGGUUCAUAGACGCGUAACAGCUCAGGUAAACAUGAAGGCGAUCAAGAAUCUUAAACAGCUCUAUACAUAACCAGAAUCCAGUGCAGCACCCAAACCAGAGUCAUAUAUGCUCUUUGUAUGUGUCAGCAAUCUGGCAGCUUAAUUCUGCACUAACUGUAGUCUAGAUGAUUGUUUGGCUUGCCCCUGCUAACAGGGAAUUACUAUAAUCCAAGCAGGACUUUAACACAGCAAACAUCUGAGGGGAAGACCAAACCUCAGUCUCGUUAUUCAGACUCAGAAAAGUGCCAGCCAAGCUUUAACCUCUGGUAUACAGUGGCUGAAGGGAAGUUGGCACCCCAUGUCUCAGUGGAGUAUACAUCCGAAUAUCGUCUGCAUACGAGUGAAAGUUCACUAUGUAUCUAUGGAAUAGCAUGCCCAUAGGCAGCAGGUAAAUGGAAAACAGAAGUGGCCCAAGAAUAGAGCCUCAUCACACGUCAUAAUUCAGAACAUCCUUACCAGAUGCCACAUCUUCCAUCCGCACACAAAAACUAUCAGAGGUAAGAUCAAAGCCACCCACCUCACAAUUACUGAACAAAAAGCUCGAUCAACCUUCCGUGGUGUCACCCGUAGGUUUGUGAAGAGCUGAAUUGAAGCCCAAUGGGCGGUUCCCACCACCGCCAACUUGGCCAGGUCACAUGUCUCGUCACUCCCAGACAAUACAAACGUGGGUGAAGAGGUGGAGCUGAGACAGGAGCUGUGAGGAUGUGGGGAGCCAUUACACCCAAAAAUCUACCGUCCAAUGUAGCUAUGAGCUAACUGAAUGAAAUCAAGCUAACAGAGUACCGGAAACUCGCAUUGCCAGAGGAAACGAGAGUGGUCUAAACACCAGUCGCUGUGCUCUAGGUCCAAACGUCUUUUGUUGUCUGCAACUCCAAAUGGUGUUUUUUUCUUUUGGAACUCUAGUAGUUUGUUCUGAAGUUGAAGUGGUAGCAGACGGCUGUUCCUCCUUCUCUGAUGUUAUUGAGCAGUAAACCGUUCACACUAGUGGUGUUCUGUUGCUAAAUGUGCAAGUUUGUAACAAAUGGAGGACGCAGGGAAGUGCAGCAGCUCGGCAAGACAGACAACUAGAAGGUCCAGUAGUUGCAUACCAGCCAUGUUAUUGGUGGAGGUUUUAGGGAAAUGCAAGACAACCACUUUAUUAACUUACUCUUUUUGUUUAGCUCCACAAUAUAUUUAUAGCUAUUCUAUGUUAGAAAGUUGUUAAGAGACAUGAAAAAAUGUUUGAAGCUAAAUAGAUUUUCAAAGUUUCGAUUGCAGCUUUACCCCAAAAUUCAGCUAUCUCCGUUCCGCUGCGCUCCGCUCCGGCACGAACUCCGCAGCAAAAUCGGUCCCGUUGUAGUCAAUCAGAGCUGUUCCACUACUGCAGCCGUGCGGCGCAUUGCGCCGCCUGCCAUCCGGCAAGAGUAGGAUCAAUUCUAUUUUUGCCGGACGCCGGAGCACCUCCGCAGUCAAUGGACAGAAACCACAACCGCCCAACAGGAAAGGAAGCAAGCACAACUUCCGUUAUUUCACAAUAAAUCGAUAAACAAAAGGCGUUUUUUGUUUCAUAUGCACAGGUUUAACAACUUUUAACAACUAUCAAUGGCGGUUGAACUUUAAAUGCACAAAAGUAAGCCAUAAAUACAGUUUCCACUAUCAAAGUAGUCACACUUUGUUGAUCCAAACACUGCUGAUCUCUCAACACAAAUGAUGGCAGAUUAAACAGUUCAUUUCGAUUCUUCUCCCACACAACGGGUGUUUGGAUCUAACUUCCACGUUUAUUGCUCGGACUGUAUUGCAAGAUCUCGAAAAUCCCGCACAUGCCUGUUUGCGCACCUCAGGUCUCCGCACCGGAGCGGAGCCGUUGUAGAGCGGGUACCAGUAUAAUUUGAGUUCGGAAGUGAGCGGCAGCGGAGGGCGGAGCGGAGCGGAGAUAAUGGAAUUUUGGGGUCAAUGUGAGGCCAAGGCUGAGACCUUCCCCAGAGUAAGCCGCUAAUGUUAGCUCUGACGGCUCAUGCUAGCUGACAAUCAGAAUUAAACUAUUCAUAAUUUCAAGCAUUUAAUUAUAUGUAAACGAAUAAGUUGCCAAAACGUUUCAUGACUGGAAACUCAACCUUUUAAACGUAAAAAGCUUUUUUGAGCUAGGUUGUAAAGAUGUUUAUUCCCACAGUGAAUUUGGCCUAUUUAAUAUAGGACUCAAUGGAAGUUUUCUCUUUUCCAAGUGGAUGGGGGUGGAACUGCAACUUUUGUCACUUCCAUGUUAGCUCCAAGUAUCACCAACUACAGCAUAAAGUAGCACUUCUGGACCUACCAUAGGUUAAAUUUGGCUGGACUGCCUGCAUUUAUCCAGAAAAUGUGACUUCAUUGCUAAUGGCAGUAUGAAGGUUUUUCAAAUAAAAUGUCCUAAACUGCUGGAAAAGUUUGGCAAAAUAGUGCUUCAACAAUAUAUUUGUUGUAGUUCCGCCUAAGCUCUUUCUUUGAACAAAGAGCUGCCUGUCUGGGAAGCUAUCAGAGAUGGGUGUUAAAGUUAUUUCUGACUGCUGCACAGGAACGCACUUCACAGCCCUUAAAGUAGAUCCCAUCAUGAGCUUUAAAAUUCCAACCCAGUCCAUCUUUUAGUUUCUCUCACUUGUCGCCAAGUACUUAACACUACAGAGAUUUAAUCAAUACAAUGCUGCACAGCACAGUAGCCUUCAUAAAUACUUCAUUUUGUUAAAAUCAAUAUUUCCUUUUAAAAAAGAAAACAUCAGGGACUUUAAAAUGAACACAUGGCAAAGAUGUCAACAACUGUUGUCUGUCAAAUUGCUGUUGCCCAGGCAACGUUGGUUUGCUGGAUGGGAAACCAGAACAUGUAAUAAAUCAGGUUUGAUAAGUUGGUUAUUCAUCAGUUAAUAUAUAUAUAUAUAUAUA